UACAUUCGGCGCCUCAUAAUAUGAUGGUACCUGUGUCCAUGCUCGGCCUGGAAAAGAUCAAAAUAUUAAACCAACCAAAAUUUCAAUCUCCGCGAGACUGCCAGUGCCAGUGGUUGAAAUUUGAAAAUCAAGAAUGAUGUCUUGUCUCCGGAAGACCAUCCCAGUGCAUGGUCUACCCCACCACAGACUUUGCACUUUCAGUUUCCUCCGAAAGACAUACUCGCUUCAGCGGAUGCAACGGUUGGUGGUUCUUGCAAGUACUAGACCAAGAUAUCUCCUAAGUCUACAUGCUGCCUCUCUUUGUACUACAAAUAACAGUGUGUUCUCUCCAAGACUAUCCAGUGACAAGGAGCUCCAACCGGACGGGUCCUGCUUGAAACAUAAAUCCUUGCCUUCAAGUGGAAGCAGACAACCUGCCAGGUAUUUUUCAACUGGUACACAAUGCUUGGAUAAACCCUGGAAAGAAGGGAUAAAUAGCGAAAAUGCGUCUGAAGGUAAUCGUCCAAAGAGAGAAGGAGAAUUACUGAAGCACACCAAUCUUCUAAGAAGUCCCAAGCAGAGAUUUGUUUUGACCCAGAGCUUAGCACGAACUGUCAGGGAAUGCAUCUGGCCUGGUGAUACCCUGAGGGAAGAGACUGCUACUAUUAUCUCUGCUAAUGAAGGUCCAGGAUUCAUGUCGAGAGAGUUGUUAGAGAAUGGAGCAUCCAAAGUGCUCAGCCUCUGCAGGCAUCAACAGUUUUGUCCUACGCUAGAGGACAUCAGGAGAGAAGCAUCUGAGCGUUUCCAGUGGCGGCAUGCCGAUAUCUACCAGAUGCAGUACAUGGGGGACAGGGACAUCAGGCCUCCAGUAGCAAGAAUAGAAGAUGUCUUUCAAGACAUUGAUUCGGCUGCAUGGGAGGAAGAUAUUGGAUUGAAGGUGGUUGGAGCAUUGCCCCAAGAUGGAGAGAGGAAGCAUGCCUAUGUCCUGGCCAGUCUAAUCUUGGAGAGACUGUCUAUGUUCAGCUAUGGCCGCGUGCAACUCAACCUCUUUAUGAGCAAGAAUUGUUACAAUACAAUGAUUCAUCCUCCUGGGAACAUGAAAAACUACCGUGCACUUUCAGCCCUCUACCAAGUAUCAUCAGAUAUUCAACUCCUUCAUACUGAACCUAUUGUGUCUUUCAAGCUACCACCUAAAACCCGUCCAAAGUCAGUCGCUGCUGAGGCUGUAGAGAAGAAGUUUGAGGAUCUGUGUCUGGUUCAGAUCACACCAAGGAGAGAUCUCUUCAACAGGCAUCAGAUGGAGCAAUGGCAGGCAUUCAUCUUCGUCUUCUUCGUCAGGCAGGCCCUAGCAAGACGCAAGGAGAAGCUGGAGAAAAUCAUUGAAGCCUGGGCCCCCGGUAGUUCCGAUGUGAUUGCUGAGUUCGGGUACGGCAGGAAGACGCUGACUGGGGAUGUCAGCGGCGAUGAUUUCCUGGCCAUCUUCUGUCGCAUCUGUAAGCUGGAUAACUUCAACGGAGCAUGGAUGGGAGAGGAGGUCAUGGGUUGGGCGUCUGGGAGACACCAGGACAUGAACACGUUAGAACUGAGUCAGGCUCUAGGAUCCGUCCAUCUCACAUGAUGUAUGGGGAGCACUUGUUAUAAGCUACUGCAAAUCCUUGCAUCCGACUGGCUCACAGCUAAUUUGUCUUUACAAAGCACUAACAGGAUGCUUCAUGACACAUGGUCAUAGGUUGGGCAUCUGGAAGACUUCGGGAUGUCGUUAGAAUUGAGUCAGGCUCUACGAUCUGUCCAUCUCACAUGAUAUAUGGGGAGCACUUGUUAUAAGCUACUGCAAAUCCUUGCAUUUGUCUCUAAACAGCACUGACAAGAUGCUUCAUGACACAUGGUCAUGGGUUGGGCAUCUGGAAGACAUCGGGAUAUCGUUAGAACUGAGUCGGGCUCCAGGAUCCGUCCAUCUCACAUGAUAUAUGGGGAGCAUUUCAUUAGACAAAUAGUGAUUUGCACUAAUUGUUAUAAUCUACUGAAAUGCUGGCAUCUGAUUGGCUCAGAGCCCAUUUGUCAGUGGAAAUUACUGACAAGAUGCGUCAUGAAACGCACCUGUGGUAUGAGGGACGUCACCUGGAUCUGCAGGGAAGCACAAGAUGAAUACUGUUUGAUGCUAAGUUUGGAAAUGAUCUUGCCCGGAGAGGGACGAUGAGAACAUAGGCUUUUGUGAUCUUGGCAGCUAAGUACCAGUCAAGUUGGCUUGGGCAUGGCUAACAUUGCUAUUUAUAUGACAAAUAAUCCUUGCCUGCAAACUAGUCAUGAAAAACAGGUAGAACCAACCUUAGAGGUUUGUUUGAUACUCAUCACCGAUGGGUAAAAAUGUAACUUGACAUGUACUUUGUCACUUAAUUCUAACUAAGCCUUAGGGUAAAAUGGCAAGUGAUAAUAUAUCACCAGUCUCUUGAAAUGUGUCCGAUCUUCCAGUAUGUGGUGCUGUGUGGAUGAUAAUUCAGAAUAGUGUCUUUAUUCGAAGUGGAAAGAUAAGAUAAAUCAUUCUGUUAAUUUUUUUUCCAUGAUCAUUUGAUUUUGAGGGAGGGGGAUGUUUCCUUGGACUAUCCUUGAUGCUGGACAUCAUUAUAGAUAUAUAUAACUUUAGCAUGCUAAUUCUGAGCUGUGUCCAAGAUCCUCCUCUUCUUGGGGACAUAUUUUCUUUCAAGGAGAGUUGAUGAUAAUUUAGUGAUAUCAAAAUAAUGAUAAUGAAAAGAACCAGAAAUAUGUUUUGACUUUGGGCAGUUCAGGGUCCCAUAACACAAAGGUUAGCGUUUAAUUUUACGCUUGAUUUUCACAAUUUGAUUGUACAUUGUAGUCAAUGAAAUCAAUCGUAGAAAAAUGUUCUACGAUCAUUGCUAAGCUUUGUGUUACCCUGGUGUAUUAUAAUGAGGAGUACUAGUGAAGAAUAGAGGAAUAAAUUUCAGAAAGGGUUCAUAAUAGUUUAAUUCUUCAAAGUUACCUGAAAGUUCACUGAUAUAUCCAUUCAAAUAUGUAAGAUUGAUAGUUGAUUAAAAAACAUACCUACAAAAUUUAUGUAGAACUCUAAAGCUAACUCAAAUAUAUUUUUUAGGGGGGGGGGAGUAAGUAUGGAAAUAAUUUUUUUAUAUAGAACACACCACUCAAUGAAGUUUUGCAUUGGAGAAACAGAUAAUAUGGGUUUUCAUUCUGAUUGUUCGUGUUCAUCAUCGGACUGUUCUAAUUAUCUGUAAUCUAAACCCUGUGAAGGUUGGACUUUUUGGAAUUGUUCUGUGGAUUUUAGGUCAAAGAAUGAAUCUAGAUAUUGACAAGGAGAAAAUAAAGGGGAAACACUAAAGCCUGGUAUGUUUAAUGUAAGUUGAGAAAUACAUAUUCACUGCAAUAAUUGGAUGUUUACUUGUGUGCUAUAAAGACAGAAUUCCAUUCUGUUACAAACUGAUGUUAUUACAUGUAUUCCACUCUUUACAUCUAUUUUAUAAUACCAUUCUUCUUUUAUGGAUGUGUAAUAUAAUAUUAGAUUUCAUAAUUCAUCGUGUAUAACAAUUCUGUCUGCUUGGUACAUGUAGUGGAGGAAGUAUACACUAUGUUUCAAAUAUCUAUUUUCAAAAUUUCAUAUUUACAAUGAAUGAAUAUCAAAAUUUAUAGAUGUAUUCCAUCAUAUGCAAUUUAUAAUUUCAUCAUUAAAAGCCCCAUGUGGUAUUAUUAAAACCUGAAA